AGCUGCUCGAGAAGAAGAAGAAGAAAUUGCGGAAGUAUUGCUCCUAAACAGAUUCCCGUUGGAAGAGUAAAAUACAGUAGAUCGCCUUCCUUUCUCUAAAUCAAAUUAAAUCUUGGACUAACCAUUUUUCAAUAAGACGAUGGGCACUAGAGAUGACGAAUAUGAUUAUUUGUUCAAAGUGGUGCUUAUUGGUGACUCGGGCGUGGGGAAAAGUAACCUGCUGUCCCGUUUCACCCGAAAUGAGUUCAACCUGGAGAGUAAGAGCACCAUCGGAGUGGAGUUUGCCACGCGCAGCAUCCAAGUGGACGGCAAGACGGUGAAGGCUCAGAUCUGGGAUACGGCCGGCCAGGAGCGCUACCGUGCCAUCACAUCAGCGUACUACCGCGGGGCUGUUGGUGCUCUCCUGGUCUAUGACAUCGCCAAGCAUCUAACCUACGAGAAUGUGGAGCGCUGGCUGAAGGAGCUGAGAGAUCACGCUGACAGCAACAUUGUCAUCAUGCUGGUGGGCAACAAGAGCGACCUGCGUCACCUCCGGGCUGUUCCCACCGAUGAGGCGCGGGCCUUCGCUGAGAAGAAUGGUUUAUCUUUUCUGGAGACGUCGGCUCUGGACUCCACCAACGUUGAGACGGCCUUCCAGACCAUCCUGACAGAGAUCUACCGUAUCGUCUCCCAGAAGCAGAUGUCGGAGCGUCAGGAGAGCGACAUGUCCCCCAGCAACAACGUGGUCAACAUCCAGGUGCAGCCCACUGAGAACAAACCAAAGAUGCAGUGCUGUCAGAACAUCUAGCCCCGCCACGGAUCUGCUGCUACCCCUCCUCCCCUCUUUUCUCCCCCUCUUCUAUCUCUCUCCUCUCUCCUCCCUCCCUCCCCCCGCCCCCCUCACAGCUCCUCAGACCCCGCCCUCAGAGAAUAGACUGCCUCGGUGUACUGCGUGGUGUGGGAGGGACGAGCCGCAGCUUCCAGGCUGUGACCUGAACUCUGCACCUACCUGUACCUGCCUCCCCCACCCAGACCCCGCCUCCCCCCCGACCCAGGUUAAAUAAUCCCAGUAUAAGAAGUCACCGUGUUGGGGUGACCCCCCAAGCAGAGCCCCUCUGUUGUUAGGCUACUGCAGGACAGCAGGCAGCAGGCAUUUCAUAUCACUUUAGAUUUCAUUACUGUAGAUGCGCUGACAUGUCACGAAAAUGUCUUAAUAUAUGAAUGUGAUUUGUUUUCUUCUCUCUUCUUCUUCAUCCUUUGUGCUCCUGUUGAUUUUGCCACUUUUUUAUGAUCUGUCUGUCUUGUAUCAUAUAUCUACUCCAAGGUAUGUAUGAAUUUAAAGCACAUCGAAGUUGCUCUGAAGUGUAUUCCUAUAAACAAGCUUCUCCUCUGUCAGUUUAGCCCCGCCCCCUCCCCUCCUCUUUAGUGCAAUGUACUGUUGGAAACCAUGUGGAUGUAUAGAGCACCGUGUAGACGUGCGUGCUCUGGUAGUGUCAUGCCAUUUGAUCUGAUUGCUGUGAAUACGACGCUAGUGAAACGUAGAAAACUUUUUGCAUUGGCCGAGCUUCAGUGUGCGCAGCGGACAGGUCGGGUGUGAGCUUGCAUGUAGCGCGCAGCCUCGCGAGCGUUGUCGUCACAGCAGGUGGCAGGUUCGGGCCAGCUUUGCAUGUCGUUUUAAUGAUGGCACUCUGCUGUGCUGCAUGUUUAAUCAGGGGACAGACUCAACCUGGACUCUAUGUGGAACACUAUCAUUGCCUCGAGGAUGUGUAAUUUUAGGCCGUGAAAGCUGAACACGACUCGCGUACGUUUGGAUCCGCUCGUUGUCCCACUUUAAGUCUCAGUGAGGCGUCACGCUUCGACUGAGGAGGAUUUUCUGAUUCAAGACGCAUCAGUCUGUCGGGCUUUUCCUGCUCCAACAUUAGGAGAACAGUAUGCAUUCAUUUUUGACAUAUUUGACUACAACUAUGCAGAAACUAGCACAUGGCUGUUUGGAGUUUUUUCUUAGUUCACUUCUAUAGCAAAUGAAGGAAUCAUAAAACGGUAAAAGGUAACCGAGGUAGUGUUCUUGUGACAUUCUCAACAAUAUUUAAUCCAAACUCUCCCGACGUCAAGCGAGUUAUGCUUUGCAUGUAACCACAGAACUGUAGUUAGGACGCACUGAGAAAGUAAGAAACGGAAAAUGUCUUUCACCCACUUGGUUGGAUUUCAUGAGCGUGUCAAACUGUUGCACUGAACCUUAGUAGUUGAUCUAGUAAACAUGCUUUCUUGUCUAGGAUUAGAUUUGUACUGCACAUCGAGAAUCUGGACCUCUCUCCUCAGAUUAGACGUACUGUUUUUAAGACGGUGCCACUUUUCAAAAACCAAAACAUUAACAUUCAGCACUGCAGAACACCGGCAGAGUCUCAAGAGUCUUUCCUAAAGUCCUCAGGUCUCAAACCAACAGAUGAGUUUCUCCUCUGUUGAGCUUUAAAAUCCAGACACAAGGAAUAAAAAGGAAAAACUGUUGGAAUUCAGCCACACUCUUCAGGUCACAGUGCCUCCUUCACCGCGUGUACCUGUCCCAGAACGCCAACCAUUCACCCGCUGACAACUCACCAUCAUACCCGCCUCCUCCUUAACCAGUAACCUUGCUUUGUCUGUCUGUCUGUCUGUCGAGGAGACAGACGGCCGUGUUGCCCCCCGUCACAUUAAGCCUACGUACACCGAGCUGCCUCUGACUUCAACACAAUGCAUGGCUUUCUGUACGACUGCAACUCCACGUCGUAUCGCCUUAUGUAGCUAACAUUGUCAUUACUGUCCAUGAAAUCUGCUAAAGGGUCAGGCUUGGCUAGCUAGGAUGACAUGCUUAACAAGCUAACUGUUGUGCCCAGUCCAGUCUGUGAACUGACAGAUGCCUCGCUAACAACCCUCCUGCUAAAACUCCCGAGUGUGUGUUCUGUUCAAUCUCCAGGUUCUAGCUGUGUCAGUGUGUGAUGGUGUUAGCAGACAUAUACAAUGCCUGAACUCGGUGUGUGUGGAUGUGUGUUUAGAGGCAGAGGGUAGAUCGGUAGCUCUGGAGUUGAGUGAGCCUGGCUGGAAGUGCCAAUGGCGUUUUUUUUGUUUUGUUCGAACAGACGGCGCCGCCAGCCGAGCCUCUCCACACUCACUAGCUGGCAAUCUGUCGAAGAAGUGAUUCCUUUUUUUUUUCUUCUGAGAAUAUGAUUUCUGAUCCUGAUUCAUGUACCUCCAUUGUUCUGUGUUUUUUUUAAGAAGUGUGUUUUAGAUUUUUUUUGUUGAUUUUUUUUACUAUAUUGAAUUCUAUAACUGACUGUAAUUCCAGUGUAAACGUGUAAGAGUGAAAUGAUGUCAUUUCAAUGAAUUUGGAGGGUUAAAUGUGAGAGGGGGGUCAAAAUGAAUGGUUUUAUGUUUUGUACAGAUUGAUAAAUUGUACAAUUGUGUCUAUAUCUUAAGUUAUCAGUUCAUCUUAAUAAAGCGCACCAGUCAUAAACCUUUA